AUGCUCCAGUGCUUUAUCUUGGUAUCUAGUUCAUGGGAGCUGGACUCUAGCAGCACCGGUAGCUGCUGCUGGCGUCCUUGCAAUGUGCCGGUGCGCGGGGCAGCCUGGCCUUCCUUGGCGCUCCCCGCCUCACCUUUCUCACCGUCUUGCUUUCGCCUUGCAGGAAAACGCUCCAUCAGCGUGACGGGGCUGACGUCUCCAGGGAACAUUGGCCAGCGCAGCAUCCUGGGCUGCACGUUCGAGCCUGACAUCCAGAUGGGCAGCAUAGCGAUCCGUUGGGCCAAGGCAGGAGUAGCCGGGCUGGUUCACGAGUUUAAGGGUGGGAAGGACCACCUGCAAGAGCAAGAUGCCUCGUUUCAGGGCCGCACAGCGAUGUUCGCUGACCAGGUGAUGGGUGGCAACGCUUCCUUGGAGCUGAGGGACGUGCAGCUCUCUGACGCUGGCACUUACCAGUGCUCCGUCACCACGGCCAGAGGGAGCGGGGCGGCAGUGCUGCGGUACAGGACGGGAGCCUUCAGCCCGCCCAGGGUCCUCGUGGAGAACAGCGGUGGCGGGGACACGCUGCAGUGCGAAGCCCCGCGCUGGUUCCCUCGACCCGCCGUGCGCUGGACAGCCUACAGCGACGCUGGGGAGGACCUACCCCAUGUUGCCAACACCAGCUACGAGCUGAACGCGGAGAACGUCACGCUGAAAGUGGUCUCCUUCCUGCGCAACGUGACGGCUAACGCCACCUACACCUGCGUGAUUGAAAAUGGCAUCGCCAAGGCUACAGGCAACAUCACAGUGACAGGUAGAGUUUAACGUCACCCAGGGGGGUUCCUGCGGCACCCACAUUUCAGUAUCACGAGGGGGACCAACUUGCAGCUGGUGAACCUGAACGCAGCGUCGGUGUCCUCCUCCCUUUCGGCCCGCCACUGGAUGCUUCUGCUUCCCCUGUACCUGCUGCCGAUAUAA